GUAAUCGAUUUCAUUGUUCGACUUUUUCCAUCCAUAAAAAGUUGAAUUUACUUUUUUAACCAUAGAUUUUUGUAACCUAUGUUUGUAACUGUCAAGUCAAAAUGAUUAUAAACGUCACAAAAGAUACAUAUGUGACAAAUAUUUAUUUAAAACAAUUUAAAAUGAUUAAUAUUUAUGACAAAUGACGUGAAAAGUUGUUGAAAGCAGUGUCCAUGAGGUAGAUAUAAAGUUAAAUUUUCAUUUAUUCACUAAAACAUUGAACAGUUUUUUUUAAACGAUCGUAAAAAAUGUUUCGAAAAGCUGUAGUGACUCAAAUUGGCUCUGUGUUGCGGCAAGCUCUUACAACCUUUUCAAGUGUGAAUGAAAUAAAAGGUGUUUUUCAUUCAAAUUUGGCGUUAUUAAAGACAAUGUUGGAAAGAAUAACUGCGGAAGACGUAGGCUUUGAUCCUUUGUUUAUGUCAGACGCCUUGUGGAAUCGUCCUCACAAAGCACCUGUAACAUACGUUAAUAUAUACGAAAACGAUGUACUGAGUGUGGGAAUCUUUGUAUUAAAACCUGGAAUGAAAUUGCCCCUUCAUGAUCAUCCUCAAAUGUAUGGUCUUAUUAAGGUUAUUGCAGGCAAAAUAAAAAUUACUAGUUUUUCUCUAAAUACUGAAAAGACUGUAAAGGUGGAGAGUAAUGUUGAAGAUAACAUUUUUGUACCCAAAACUCAUGUUGUAGAAAUGAAUACAGAAAUAAUAGCAGAUAUAUCAUCAGAAAGUUGUUGUUUGGAACCAGAUAGUAAGAAUUUGCAUGAAAUUGAAAGUUUAGAUGGUCCUGCAGCUUUUCUAGAUAUUCUGUCACCACCCUACGAAACACUGAUAGAGAGCAAUGGGAAGCGAAAAUGUACUUAUUACAAAAUAAAAAAAGAAUUAAGUCCUUCAGUAUUUGUGGUUGAAGAAACUAAUUCACCAUCGUGGUUUUGGAGUGAUUCCUAUCCAUAUACUGGCCCUGAGUUGGUAUGAAAUUGAUUGUACUAACUGAAAAUAUUUGUAAUUUUUAUUUUAAUUUUGUAAACAUUGAUGUUAUAUUAGUUGGAAUAGUAAAAUAGAAAUUCUAUCACAUUUAUAAAAAA